GCGGCCGCUGCCCGCUUCGCCCGGCCUUUGUUCCGCCCGGCUACCUCUGCGGCGCCGCCCCCGGCCUCCCUCUGCCGCCUGCCUUGGCUGUCAGCCGCUGGCCCGGGCUGCGCGGUGGCUGCCUCGCUGCUGCCGAGGACCGUCUGCCGGGCGGGUAGUCCCGAGCUCCCUGCAGACGGGCUUCUGCACAUCCCCAGUUCUCUGAGUGGAACGCGGUGUGAAAACGGGCAGCUUUGCGGCUUGUACCGUCCUGCGGAUUUGCCUGGGGAUCCAGGGAUGGAAGAGGAAUUGUCAACUCCUUCCACAUCCACAGACAAGGCAGACAGUAUGGAUGUGGAUGGAGAAUCAAAGAAACUUUUGGGUUUAGGACAGAAACACUUGGUAAUGGGAAAUAUUCCAGCUGCUGUUAAUGCAUUCCAGGAAGCUGCAAGCAUACUGGGCAAAAAGUAUGGUGAGACAGCGGAUGAGUGUGCAGAAGCUUUUUUUUACUAUGGAAAAUCUCUCCUGGAGUUGGCAAGGAUGGAAAAUGGUGUGUUGGGAAAUGCCUUAGAAGGAGUGCAGGUUGAAGAGGAAGGAGAAAAGGUUGAAGAUGAUUCAGCUUUACCAACUGUUGAUGAAGAAGCAAGGGAGGAGUUGAGAGAGCAGGUAUAUAACGCCAUGGGGGAUAAAGAAGAGGCCAAAAAGGCUACAGAAGAGUCUCCAGCGCUGUCUGAGAAGGAAAUCAAAAAGGAGAACAUUGAAAUUAAAGAGGUUGCAGAAGGAAAACCAACAGAAGCAACUGCUGAUAAAGAGAAAAAUCUUGAAGAGGCUGAAGAGAAGAUGGAUGUUUCUGUGGAUGAAGACACAGCUUCAGAAGAGCAGAAGCCACAAGUAGCUGUGGAAAAGGAGGCUGUAAAAGAAGAGUCAGCUAUGGAAGAGGAGGUAGCAGAAAAAGAGCAGAAGAUGAUGCCUGAGGACAAGGUAGAAAAGACCACUCAGGAGGAGAGAACAGAGGUUUUGGACAAGGAGGGAAAGGCAGUUGUGGAAGAGUCUGAAGCUGGAGAGACAGUUGUGGAAGAGACUGAAGCUGGAGAAGCAGCUGCAGAAGGCAAGAAAGAGGUGGAAGAGCAGACAGCAGAAGCUAUAGAAAAGGAGCCAUCUGUGGAAAAGGGAGAGGCUGUAGAAGGGCAGGCAGAGACAGCUGUGGAAGAGGAGGAAGUAGCAGAAGUGCAGGCAGCAGUUGCUGUGGAGCAGAAAGCUGUGGAAGGUAAAGCAGAAGCAGCCGAAGAGAAAAAGGUGGAGGAGAAACAAGAGCCAUUAGAGACAGCUACAGAAGAGAAACCUGAUGAAUCUAAAGAGAGAGAGUCCUCAAAGGAACCUCUGCCCACAGAGGGCAAAGAUCCAUCCAAUGGCAUGGAGGAAAAGGCUGAAGUAGCUGCUAAGUUAGAGAAAGAGGAAAAGAAAGAUGACCUGAUGGAAGAGAGUGAAGGUGCUAAGGUAGAGAAAGAAGAGAAAGAUGACCUAAUGGAAGAGGGAGAAGAAACAGAAGAAUCUGAUGAGGAAGAUAAAGAAAAUGAUAAAGCUGAUGAUGAUAAGGAAAAUGAAUUGACAGUGGAAGACAAGUCUUUACAGGAAAGUGAGGAAGAUGAAAUUGGAAAUCUUGAGCUAGCCUGGGACAUGCUGGAGUUAGCAAAAGUUAUCUACAAGAGACAAGAAACAAAGGAAGCUCAGCUCCAUGCAGCUCAAGCUCAUCUAAAGUUAGGAGAAGUUAGCAUUGAAUCUGAAAACUACACUCAGGCUAUAGAAGAGUUUCAGGCCUGCCUGGCCCUGCAGCAGAAGUACCUGGAGGCUCAUGACCGCCUGCUUGCUGAGAGCCACUACCAGCUGGCACUGGCCUACCACUACAACAGCCAAUUUGAUGAGGCUGUUGUGCAGUUUGGGAAAUCUGUGGAAGUCAUUGACAAGAGGAUGGCAAUGCUUACUGAACGGAUAAAGAAGGCAGAGAGUGGGUCCCCUGAGGAUGAGAAGGAGAUUGAAGAACUGAAGGGACUGCUUCCUGAAAUCAAAGAGAAGAUAGAAGAUUCAAAGGAGUCCCAAAAGAGUGCAAGAGUAGCUGAGCUGGCCCUGAAAGCUACUCUGGUUGGAACUACAUCUGGUUUUGCACAGAGUGAAGGAAGUGGUUCUGUUUCCACAAUCCCAGUAAGAAAAGCAGGUGAUGGUGCAUCUCAGUGUGUUACAGACAUCUCUCAUCUAGUCAGAAAAAAGAGGAAACCAGAGGAAGAGACUCCACAGGGAGACAAUGAAGCCAAAAAAUCUAAACAGGAGCCAGCUGUCAAUGGUGGUGGUGGUGAUGCUGCCCCCAGUGGAAAAGACAUUGCAGAAAAAAUAGAAGAGGAGACAGAGAAAAGGCCACAAGCAGAAUCAGGGGCUGCAGUUGAAAGCACAGUAUGAUAAUUCUUUAACCUGAGACACUCCUCUCCUUGCAAGGAAAAUGGUUUUGUAUAUAGUGUAUUUUUUCACUUUUUGGCAACUUUUGUAUGACUUCAAUAAAGAUUGUAAGCAUA